CUCGGGCUGCUAAAUCCAACGGCAAUGCUGGUAGUCCCUGGGAUGUGCACUGUUCCGCCACCUGACUGGGGAAGAAAGAGAGAAAAGAAAUGAGAUUGCAAGUAAGACGCAUCCGGCGCUUAAGAGAGUCCAAAUGAAGUUUGCUCUGCUCGUAGGAAAAUGGCGGGUGUGUUUCCUCUUUUCAGAGGAUCCUCCCAAGGUUUAUAUGGAUGUUGGAUGGUCUGUGUGUAACGACGCCAUGUUGGCUCUAACCAUCAGGCUGGGGUCCUCACACUACAUAUGAAAUUGACAAGCGACUUUUGGAUAAUGUAUUGCAGCUGGAUCUGGCCUGCAGCCCGGACGUCUUGAGCUUUGAUUAAUCAGAUUCUCACAUACAUUUGCCGACAAUCUCAAGGAGAAGACGUAAGGCCAAGAGUAGCAGUCGGAAAGGGGGGGUCACGGCCAGACAGCUGGGAUACCAUCAUGGGAGGUGGCUGGGGAAGUGCUGACUGAGUCAAGCCAAACAAAGCAUCUAAAGCGUUCAGACAAUCCUGGUCCCGACCCAGACCGUCCUGGCACACAGAAAGGCCAGCUCAGUCAGCGAUGAGCCCAGUCUUGGAGCCGAUGAAAAGAUAAUUCCCCCCUCGCAGACCACAUGCGGCGCGGGGCCGCUUGUGAGCGCUGACAGAGCAAGAUCAAGCAGAAAGGAUAUGAGUGGGAAACUUCAAAACCUGCUCAUGUUUCUGGGCCCGUGAAAGGAUUUGUAUAACACAUUCACUUUUGAUGGACUUUCCCAUGUUCCCCCAGACAGCUCUUUUGCUGUUGACGUGUUCAAAUAAUGAAUCUCUUAUGUUUAAUUUUUUUCCUCAGAGCAAGGCCGUGUUUCUAGUGGUUUUGCAGGGAUGCUGGGUAAUCCAGUCAGUCUCGCGCCACAGCCGAGAACAGAUGGAGUACCGCUGACUCUACAGCUGCCAGGGAAACGGAAAAAGAAGCAAUUUCUGAUGAAUCCAAAGAAAUUGCUCAUACAUUGUCUUCCUCAGGCGUUGAAAUGGAUAGUUUGUGUGUGAUUCUUUUGCUUGUAAGCAAAACGUUCAUAGUGAAUGCGCAAUUCAAUGGGUUCAACUGCGAUGCCAACUUUCACAGCCGCUUCCCCGCUGAGCGGGACAUCAGCGUGUAUUGUGGAGUGCAAACCAUUACACUGAAGAUUAAUUUUUGCCCGGUGCUUUUCUCUGGCUACACUGACACUGACCUGGCACUGAACGGGCGUCACGGUGAUGCCCACUGCAGAGGGUUCAUCAACAACAACACGUUCCCAACAGUUGUGCUGUUCAGCAUCAGUCUCAGCACGUUGGAGGCCUGCGGAAACUCACUAGUGGUCUCAACGGCUCAGGGGCCCAACGCAUAUGGGAAUCUUUCCCUGGUUCAGAUUGGGAAUAUAGCAGGAUACAUUGACACUCCGGAUCCCCCAACGGUCAUCAGCUAUCUACCAGGACUGCUUUACAAGUUCAGUUGUAGUUACCCACUGGAAUACCUGGUCAACAACACACAGCUUGCUUCGUCAGCUGCAGCGAUAUCAGUGAAGGACAGCAAUGGCACUUUUGUGAGCACGCUGAAUUUACUUCUAUACAACGACUCCACAUACAUCCAGCACCUUGCCAUCCCAAUGUCUGGACUUACUCUGAAGACACGAGUGUUCGCCGCCGUAAAAGCCACCAACCUAGACAGGAGGUGGAACGUUCUGAUGGACUAUUGUUACACGACUCCCUCUGGGAAUCCUAAUGAUGAACUCCGAUAUGACCUUUUCUUUGGCAGAUGCGAUAAGGACCCGCAGACAACAGUGUUUGAGAACGGGAAAAGCCAGAUGGGCCGCUUCUCCUUCGAGGUGUUCCGCUUUGUCAAGCACAAGAACCAGAAAAUGUCCACCGUCUUUCUGCACUGCGUGACCAAGCUGUGUCGUGCUGACGACUGCCCCCUGCUCUUACCUAUUUGCGGUAAGAGGAGGAAAAGGGACACGUCGGAAAGAACCGGUGUGGCCUCUGACAACGCAGUCAUGACCGCCGGACCCAUCAUCACCCGAAGUGAUGAAACUCCCACCAAUAAUUCACAACUAGCACAGUUAAACGGACCUCCAUUCAAAAUGAAUUCAGUGACGAGUGCCUUGAUUUCUGCCAUCGCAAUCCUCGGGGUUAUGAGCAUGUGUUUCUUCAUCCUGUCUCUGUCACUGCUGAGGGGGAAACAGACAACAUCAACACCUCUGUCAGGAACCCACAAUCCAGCGUUCAGCUAAACGCACACACGGCUGUUCAGUCAGCUAAACAGUACAACAAUACCUUUGUGCGGAGCUCUUCAGUUACACACAAUCAUGCAGUACAGGGAAAUAAUAUAAUAUCACUCUACACAGCCUUUAGCUACACACAGUUGCCUAUUUUUGGUUACAAAGCAUCAAUACAGCUAUUCUCAUCGCUGUGACUUUACAUAACAUCCAAUCCUAAGCCAUUAGAGUCUGAGUCAGGAAUAAUGCACUUAAAAGGUGCACUCAAAUUAUUUGACAAAAUCUCGUACACUCACAUGAGAUUUCAGUUAUAUAGGCUGCUCAAACAAAUUUAGUGGUUGCCAUAUUGAGAUCAAAUGACCAGCUGAAUACUAUUGACUUUAUCACAGUAACGUCUUUGUUAUUGGACAAUUUUGCUAACUGAAUAAGUUAAUCAUGGCUGAUAAUGCCUUACAAUGGCAUUGGUAACUACAAUGGUAUUGGUAACUAAAAACAUUUGAUUUUGCGUGAAUCUGCAUCCACAACACUAGGUGUCAGUAUAAAUCCAAAAAGUUUUGCUCAACAUAAACAAAAACUACCAAGCGCACUUAUAGGCCCAAACAUUAACUAUACAUGUACAUGAAGGCAGAUGGUUUUAGCUACGCUAGAUUAAUUUUGUCAUUGUUUUGACCACAAUUCAUUAUCCAACGCAACUACUUUCGGUCACUGUUGCUGCAAUUGGCGCUAUAAUUAAAACUGUCCAUUUUUAUGAUCAGAUUUCUCUUUCAGAUCGACUAAUGUCAUGGCAAAGUGACAGUUUAAAGAGAAAGUUCACCCAAAAAUGAAAAUUUUAUUAUCAUUUACUCA